AUGGAGGCAGAGCAAGGAAGCAACAGUCGACCAAAACAGCAGGAGAACAGCAAGCAUAUCAAGAUACUUCUGGUAGUCUUAAACUGCCUUUUAAUGUCAAUUGAUCAAGUUGGAGGUCCACUGCUUAUUAGGCUCUACUACUUGCAUGGAGGAAAGAGGAAGUGGCUCACUUCUUGGUUACUUACAGCUGGCUUUCCCAUUCUCAUUCUCCCAAUUUCCUCAUCUUAUAUGAUAGCUAGAGCUCGUUCUCGAGCUCCAACUAGUAGAUUACUACUCACACGAUGGCUUUUUGCUGCCAGUGCCUUCAUCGGGUUGCUUCUUGGUCUCGACGGCUAUCUCUACUCCUUUGGUUUGUCUUAUCUUCCUGUUUCAGUUUCUUCUCUUCUUGGUUCUACUCAGCUAGAAUUCACUGCAAUUUUCGCAUACAUUGUGGUCAAGCAUAGGUUCACCCAUUACUCGAUAAAUGCAGUGGUUCUGAUGACCUUUGGAUCUAUUAUUCUUGGCUUUCACAUGAAUGGAGAUGUGCCAAAUGGGGAAUCUAAUGGAAAGUAUGUGCUGGGUUUCUUCAUGACCGUCGGUGCUGCUGCUCUUCAUGGGUUUAUAAUGCCUGCAGUGGAGUAUACUCACAUGAAUGCUGGCAUGCCCAUCACCUUUGAUCUUGUCAUGCAAGUUCAAUUCCUUAUAUCCAUGUUUGCCACGUUUUGCACUAUUCCCAUGAUCAUCAACAAGGACUUUCAGGCUAUACCAAAAGAGGCUGAAGAAUUUGGUCUUGGGCAGGCAAAGUACUAUACUAUACUUGUUGUAGCAGCAGUUAUAAUGCAGCUCUUAAUCAUAGGAAGUCUUGGUGUGAUCUUUGCCUCCACAUCUCUCCUUGGAGGCCUCGUGUCAUCUCUUCUAGUUCCAGUCCAACAGGUAUUUGCUGUAAUAUUCUUGCAUGAAGUCUUCAAUGCUGAGAAGGGCAUGGCCUUGGCCAUGUGCCUAUGGGGAUUUGCUUCUCACCUAUAUGGAGCAUACGUGGAGAGCUCUAAGAAGCAAGCGAAGAAGAAAGAAGAAUCCAAUUGUGAGGUAAUUUAAGUGGCUGAAAGUGAAACAUCAUGUCUUUAAUGUUCAACUGCAAUGAUUAAUCCUUAUGAGCAUCAAAGACAAAAAGUAUUUUUAUCUAAUGGAAUGUUAUGUACCUAACAAGAAAAUUGGAUUGCUCUCCCAAACAUAUCACCAUUUUAAUUGGUUUAUUUUGUUUUGAUGUGA